AUGGCAUCAGCGGUACACCCUCGCCUCUUGGAAUUCAAGGCAGGAAGAUGCUUCAGGAUUACAGGAACCAAUACCGUCAAACCAGAUCCCGCAAAAGGACUCGUCUACUUGGACGAAGAGGACGGAAUGAUGCACUUUUACUGGAAGAACCGGACAACAGGAGCAGUUGAAGAUGACCUGAUCCUCUUCCCCGGAGACGCGGAGCUCAUUGCUGUCCCUCAGUGCACUUCUGGACGCGUCAUCAUGCUUCAGUUCAAGUCUUCUUCACAAAAGCUUUUCUUCUGGCUCCAGGACGCCAGUACAGCCCAGGAUCAAUUCAUUCUGCAGCAGGUCAACACCCUGAUCCAUUCACAAGACGACGAGGAACAGGGCUUGGACGAGGACGUGGCCAUGGAGGGAGUCGAGCAUGUAGCUGAUACAACGUCUUCAACAGGAGCAACAGCUACCUCCUCUAUUACGCCCUCUGCAGCAUUCGCUCCUGCAGUACCCGUUUCAUCGUCAGCAACAACAGGCACGAACCCAGCUAGCGCAGCCGCAGGCACUGGGGGGUCAUCCUUGACCUCGCAGCAAAUGGAUCAGCUGCGUCAUCUUUUAGGAGGCAUCCAAGUCCCUCAGGCAGCAGGAUCUAUGGCACAGCGUUCAAAUCUUCGUCUGGAUCACGUUCUCACGCCAGGGGCCGUCGCACCAUUACUCAGUAACCCCAAGAUCUGCGAGGCAUUGUUCCCGCACUUGCCAGAGUCCUCAGAAAGGACACCGGAGGAAAUCCAGGCGAUUGUACGGGCACCACAGUUCUCACAGGCCUUGGUCUCGCUGAGCACAGCAUUGGAAUCUGGACAGCUUGGGCCUUUGCUGAGACAGUUCGGCCUUGGACCUAACGCUGGAGAUGGCGUAGAAGGCUUUCUGAAGGCGAUCGAGGAGCAGGCAACGAAGGACGCCAAGAAAUAA